CUGUUUGGGCGGAUGCGCAGUAAGACUGGCAGUAAGUUCCAGGGCAAGUCUGGCGCUGUGCAGCGUUCCUCCAUCGUGCUGUGGUUCCUGGCAGGAUGCCAGUCUGAGGAGCUGGGCAUGCUCAUUGACCUCCUGCUGGAGCCCGUCUGCCACCACGGACAAGGUCUGUGUCUAGCUGCAGUAGACAAGGCGAUAGCCGAGACGGACUCCUCUGCCGUCCUUCCUCUGGGUCGGCAGCACAGCCUGCUGAACAUAGUCAACACAGUCAUCAGUAAACUGGGCCACCUCAUCCACACACACCUGCCCAAGGUGCUGCAGAUCCUACUGUGUGUCACCGCCUCCGUCGCCACCAUCCUCAACCAGAGAGAACAGUGUACCAACUCCUGUCUCACCUCGCYCCUAUCCUGA